AAAACAUAUACAUGAAUACAAAGAAACAAGACCCCUCCACAAUGACUCAACUCAAAUUUGUUGUGGUUGAGAUCCAACCUCACCACUCCCUCACACUGCAAUAAACAAACAAUUCAUAUCAAUCCCAUUAUUUAUCUCAAGUUGUCUCUUUUGCCUUCAAUCGGAGAAUUCAAACUCUGCUUUAAUUCUUUCCCGGAAUGCCCUUUUCAUGCAAAUAAUAAUCAUCCUAUAGACACGUACUGCACCACUAUAGUGUGAUUUUGUGUGUUUGUAUAAUACACAGUCUCAUCAGUUUAACGGUGUUGUAAUGUUAGCUGUUGUGUCACCACUAGAAAACAACACCGGCAGAGAUGGGAGAGAUCUUGGAGGUGAGAUGGUCGGGUUUUCUGUUGGCGAUGACUUCCCUGACUUCUCAGAUGAUAAUUUGCUGGAGAGUAUUGAUUUUGAUGAUCUAUUUGUGGGGAUGGAUGAUCGGGACAUGCUGCCUGAUUUGGAAAUGGACCCAGAACUCAUGGCCGGAGAAUUCUCUCUUAGUGGCGGAGAAGAUUCAUCUGAUCAGUUUAAUAACAACAGUAUGAAUUCCUUCUCCUCCAGUGAUCAGAAAGCUGAGGAUUUGAUAUCAAGAAAAGAAGAAGUUGUGAGCAAAAGAGAUCGAAGAAAUGAAGGUGGAGCUACGAACCCAGCUCAUAAAGAAAAAGAUGCCGAUAGAGGACGGAAAUCUUCAUCCGACAAAUCCAAGAACUCUUGUCAAGGAAAGAGGAAAGUGAAGGUUGACUGGACGCCGGAGCUACACCGGAGAUUCGUGCAAGCGGUGGAGCAGUUGGGGGUGGAUAAGGCGGUUCCUUCAAGAAUUCUUGAGAUUAUGGGCAUCGGCUGUCUCACUCGUCAUAACAUUGCUAGCCAUCUUCAGAAAUAUAGGUCUCACCGAAAACAUCUGCUGGCAAGAGAAGCUGAGGCGGCAAGUUGGAGCCAGCGACGUCAAAUGUAUGGUGGCACCACCGCCGUAGGAGGAGGAGGAGGAGGAAGCAAGAGGGACAUGGGACCUUGGGUUGCACCAGCAACCAUGGGGUUUCCUCCGAUGACACCAUUGCCUCAUUAUAGACCCUUACACGUAUGGGGUCAUCCCUCCAUGGAUCGACCUCUAAUGCCUGUAUGGCCAAAGCAUAUCGCCCCAUCUCCACCACCACCAGCACCACAUGUCUGGCCACCAUCGCCAUCUCCUUCACCAUCUUGGCAUCAUCAUCACCAGAGAGCGCCAUACUUCCCACAAAUGUUACCACAAACGAGAUUUCAAACCCCACAUGUACCAGUCUCAGGUAUCCCGCCACCCCAUGCCAUGUACAAAAUAGACUCCGGCAUUGGUGUCACCACUCCUCGCACUGGACAAUCUUGCCCCCAACCACCGUUAGACCUACAUCCAUCCAAGGAGAGCAUUGAUGCAGCAAUUGGGGACAUAUUAAUGAAGCCAUGGCAGCCUCUUCCACUUGGAUUAAAACCACCGGCACUUGAUAGUGUAAUGGUGGAGCUACAAAGGCAAGGGAUUCAAAAAGUACCACCUACGACAUGUGUCUGAUACAAUUAAUCAGCUGCUUUUGGUGGUUGCUUCUGGGAAAUUUUCGAUCCACAUCAGAAGCAUAAUCCCCUUCAAUUCGACGACGUUUCAUGCACUUAGAUUUGUGACAUCUAAUGCGAGUACUUCUCAUUUUUUGGUUGUCUAUUGUGCUUCUUGGCGUAUCAUGAGUUUUAACCUGAGCUUUGUUCUUGUUCCUUACAUGUACAAGAACCGUUGAUGUAUAAGCUAUACCAUGGAUAAUAAACACAAAAUUUUCUCU